AUGGCUGGCCAGCCCGCCAUAUUCCACGCCCUGCUGCGGCCGUCGAUCCUGCAGAUGCUGCGAGCGACAGGCUACCACUCCACAAAGGGCGCCGUGCUCGACUCGCUAACCGACCUGGCGGCACGGUACCUGUCGGUGCUGUGCGAGAGGACGGCGGCGCACGCCAUCCACAACCACGGCGACGCGGGCGACUACGGCGUCGUCGACAUCCGGCUCGCGCUCCAGGACGCCGGCGCGCUGCUGCCGGAGAGGGCGGCGACGGAGCAGGCGUGGAGGGGCGACGAGGACUUGCGCGGCAUCGACGACUUUCUCAAGUGGUUCUCGGGCCCGCGCAUGAAGGAGCUCAUGGACAUGGGGCGGGGUGACGGCGAGAUUGAUGCGACUGAUUAUCUGAGCGCGUUGAAGAAGAAGCACAGCAAGACGGGAGAGGACACAAAGUACCACGGCUCCCUCAUCGGCAGGCCCAUCGACGCCAUCGGCGACGUCCAGGUCGAAGGUGGCGCCAUCACCAGCAUCGACGAGUGGAUCACGCGCCGCCGCAGCGCCGCCUCGUCUGCGUCGCCGCCCGAGGAGCCGCAGACAAACGGCCAUCCGUCGCCGUCGGCCGCCAGCUCGGGCCUCAGCUCCGUGGGCGACCGCCUCGACGGCCACGAUGACGGCGCCGACGACUCAAAAAUGGACCUGGUGUGA